AUGUGUUGUCGCUUGCUUAUCCAAUCCAUCCGGUCAGUAGUAUCCCUUCUACUAAUAUUCUGUUUGGUGGAAACCGUCGAUCCACCAUUUCUGUUUCCACAUGGAUAUUUCGAUAGCGCCAAGUUGAAACCGUUUGACGCUAUCUAUCUGAAUAUGAUGGCACAGUCAAAUCUUGAAUACGGUGGAAUAACACUAGAGGAUCUUGAUAAAUUGCGCACAUCACGAAAACUUGUGCCUCGUCCACCGAACCUACCUCGUGAUCGGGAAGAAGAUGACGCACUUCUUGAUCGGCUCCCACCGGAUAUCGAAGGAGCCGUUCCAAAAUUACAAAGGAAGAAAUCGGCGGAAUUACUGGCUGAAAGACCUCAUUCUCCUCUAUUGGCCGUCUCUCCUGAUACUGUCCCGUCGUCUUCUGAAGAAAUCGAUCCCUUGUUAAAGGUCUCGAACACGAUGAUAAAGAAGAGAGCCGCAGACAAUGACAAUCCUUUCGAUGUUAUCGCCACACGUGCUCCAGCCAGGUACGAUUUGAAUUUGAAUAACAAGCAACUUUCUAAUCGUAUGAGGCGAACUCAUCGCAAGCGUCGUAGACCUAAAUUCCUAUCCAGAAGCGAUAUCUACGAUCCACGACGACAUCGCACGCAAAAAAUUUCUCGAGAAGAAAGGAAAAAGAUUCGGGAAGAGCUGUUAAUUAGGCCGGGAUUCAACGAAUUGAAGCACGGCAUUAUUUCCAACUCCAGUAAACAUGAAGGUAGAAAGACAGUUGUUAUAGAUUGA